CUGCCGCAGCACAGUGCCAAGCGCGCCUCGCCCUCUGCACAGCUCACCUUUAAACCAGAGCUUCUUUAAGUGGAACAAAGGACACAUUGGGAUACAUUUGAUCAGCCGUGCGACUAAAGCUGGAUUAACAUACUGACUUUAAGGUCUACACUACGGGGAGAAGGUUGUCAAAUAGUAUCAUUCGUGCCCUUAACUUCUCCAAGACGCGGACCCAACACCUGGACACACCUGUCUCCUCCGCUGUGUGGCAAACAUCUAACAUCUCCACGGUUGUUGGUGUCUUUUCUCACCGAUUCAGUGAGCCCUACACUACAGCUUCAGGGUGGACACUGAACAGAGCAAGUAGGAUGGCUGCAGACAACUUUUUAAGGACACAUUUCUGACGCCCUGGGGCAAGUCUUUCUGAUUAAAUCUAGCUCGUAUUCAGCCACGAUGACUACAGAUGACGAUCUGUGCCACAGCAAGCACCACAUCGACGGCAUCAAGAGCCCGCUGAUCAGCGCCACCAUGUUCGCCGCGGGCAUCUUCGGAAACGUGGCUGCCCUGGUGAUACUGGAGAUCCGAAGACGCAGGGCCAUGAGGUCCGGGGAGGGUUGGCGGCGCUCGUUGUUCCACGUCCUCAUCACGGCGCUGGUGGUCACGGACCUGGCGGGGACCUGCCUCAUCAGCCCGCUGGUGCAGCUGUCGUAUGCGCGCAACACCACCCUGAUGGGGAUGUCGCCUGAGUCUCACAGCGUGUGCUCGUACUUUGGAAUCAGCAUGACCUUCUUCAGCCUGGCCACCAUGUCGCUCCUCUUCUCUAUGGCUAUAGAAAGGUGCUUCGCUAUUGGGUACCCCUUCCUGUACAGCCGGCACGUCACCAAGAAAUGUGCCUACAUAUCAAUCCCAGUGGUGUUUUUGCUAUGUAUUUUAUUCUGCCUCCUCCCUUUCGCUGGGUUCGGUGAAUAUGUACAAUACUGCCCCGGCACGUGGUGCUUCAUCGACAUGAACCCUAUGGAACCGGAGGACCGGGUCUAUGUUAACCUGUACGCCACCCUGAUGCUGGUGCUGGUGCUAGCUAUAGUGGCGUGCAAUGGGUUCGUGGUGUACCAGCUGUUCAGGAUGUACCAGCGGAGGAGGAGGAAUGGAGGGUCUGUGAUGGGCACCACAAGAUCCAACGGCGAACGCAAGGCCAUGUCUAUGGCGGAGGAGGUGGAGCAUCUCAUCCUGCUGGUCUUCAUGACCAUCAUCUUCAUCAUCUGCACGCUGCCCCUGGUGAUCCGGGUGUACAUCAACAACAAUGUGGGCGGAGAGUCUCACCGCCUGGACCUGAUCGCCUUGCGCUUCAUCUCUGUGAACUCUAUCAUCGACCCCUGGGUCUUUAUCCUCCUCUCCCCCAGCGUUCUGCACUUUUGCUGGUCCUUCAUUUGCAGGGCCUCCUUGGGAGUCUCCAGGGGAUCCAUUUUUAAAUCAUCCAUGGCCAAAGAGAACUGUCCGGCGAACCUCGAACUGUGUCUGCCGACGUUAGUGUACACCGAGAACUUUCCCUCUGGGGAAACCCUAUGACCAUAACAGUCAUAUGUAUAUGUAUAUGUAUUGGACACAUGAUAAAGCGAGGAGGUUUCCUGGGCCACAACAUCCCUCCCAUGUGGGGGGUGUUAUCUAUUUUAUGGAUGUGUUUCCGUGAGAUAAUGGCCCUCACUGUGACUUCUUGCCAGACACUUGGGAUUUCCUUCUACUCCUAGCAUUUCAGCUAAGUGUAUGCAUGUUGUUGACUGCAUACGGGCUACAGCCACUUUUGCUUGUAUGUUAUGCUAAUUAAUCAAUGGAAUUAAGAGGCUGCUGAGGGAAGCUAAAAGAGACUUCAGUCAGGAUCGGAAAUCGACAAAGCACUGUGGUCUGUUCAUUGGAGGAGCUUGUGGCAGAAUGCAACAUACAUCUUCCAACAAGGACUUGCUGCUGUACAUGUAUACUUUGAUUCAAAUGCUGCUUUCCAAACUAACAUGUCAUUGUAUAUAGAGCACACUCAAAGACAAGAGUCAAUAUGGGGUGAUAACAAAAAGUAAGCACAUUCAGAACUAAAUAAGAAGAUACAUCAAGAAGAGUUAGCCAUUUUGUUAUCAAAUGUACAGAAGGUAGUCGGUUUGCAACAGGAAAGCAUUGUAAUGCUUGUGCAUCUCACUAAAGCAUACCUAGAGACAAACUAGACAUGAGACAUGUUCAUACAAGUCCAAAUGAGAGCUGAUAUUAAAUAUUCCAGGCACGACUUUCUUUGAACCUCAGACUUUGACCCCCGGUCUGCUUUGGUAACCUUUCCCCUCGCUCCACUACCAGACUCCUGCUGGAAAGGUCAAAGGUCAAAAAUUCUGGAGCCGGGUCAAGACUCAGGAAGUUUUGACAGAAAAGUUCUGUUGAUCAUGCAUUUAUAUAUACCAUAAGUAGUAUACUGAUAAAUCAUCAUAAGUUCUUCAUAUAAGUUACCUUUUGACUUUUACAGAUCAGGUUCUCUAAAUGUAUCAUCAAAGGAUAAACUAUUCCAUAAAGUACAUUUAGCUGGAAGUUAAAGGUGCCGUGUAUAGUUUUGUUCAGUAUUACUCAUUGGAACAUGUCCCCAUAUCAUCUAAUGACGGUAUUUUAUAAAACACUGCCAAUUGGUCAAAAACCACUCUGUUCCUUUUUAUGUUUCUGGAGUUUUAUAAUAUAUAUUUAAAAUAAUGUUUGAAAGCUAAUUAUCAUUUACUAAAUAUUAUUUUAUUGUACAGAAUAUGGAGUAUCGAGCCUAUAGGUUCCUGAUAUAAAUUGUCUGUUACCCUUUAAAAAGUACCAUGUUUUGUUUAUUAUGGGACAGAACUUCUUGGCAGGUCCUUUGUUCUCUUACAUUGUUUAAAAGUUAUUUGGAAACUAUGGAAAGAGCACCCCUUAUUGUUAUCCAUCAACUUUACGACUGAAGUGCCAUUUGAACUGCAUUAGUUUGACUGGGGAACAUCUUGAAAUGUUAUUUUCAAUGCGUGUUUUUGCAGAGCACCGCCAUUCAUCAGGGACAGACUAUGUCCACUUAAAUAGACGCGAAUAGCCCAGAUGGAAAACGUCAUGGUUUCUAUCUCUGUUGUAUCCUUGUGCUGAUUGUUCAAACGUGUUAAUUGCCAACUAAAAUGCUGGUUCUUCUAUGUUAUAUUAUGACAUUAUAAUAAUGUUGGUUCCAACUGACCUGAAUUAGAACUAGAUGAAAAAGCAGGUUGUUUCUCCACUUUUACAUUUGUGCAGCGGUAAAAGUAACACAUGUUGGAUUCAUACAGGGUUGUGUUACACAACACCAUGGGACAUUGUACUAUAAAAGAGUGAAUCAAAUUUAAACUGGGCUCAAGUGUUCACAAGAAAAUAAGCUACUACAGAUUUUAGCAGGAUGCCUGCUCAUACAUCUCUCGAAAGUAGAUACACAUUGGGUUACACAACAGCAGAGGUCCAGUUUGAAUCGAAAACAUGUAAUCCUGGUGUGUAUAAUGUGAGAAAAAAAAACUACAAGUUCUCAAACUAUAUGUCUUUUUAAAAGUUGCCAGAACAUUAGUGAGCAUGAGUUAAACUUUGGGGCUGUAAGCCUUUAUUUGAGUGUCACGGAUGUGUGUAUUUGAGUGUGUGUUGUGAGAAUGGCUUUUUAUUGCCUCUGCUGUUGGUUCUGAGCUCAGCAUCAAAAUGUUCAGUGUUAACGACAGUGUCUUACUGCUUCCUGUGUGAGUGUGUUUCCUUCUGUGUGUUUUCCUGUUGCAUUUUUUGCAAAUUCCCCCACAUACAUGCUUGUGAGUCCAUGUGCCUACAAUAGGUGUGUGUGUGUGUGUGUGUGUGUGUGUGUGUGUGUGACUGUGUGUGUGACUGUGUGUGUGUGUGUGUGUGUGUGUGUGUGUGUGUGUGUGUGUGUGUGUGGUGUGUGUGUGUGUGUGUGUGUGUGUGUGUGUGUGUGUGUGUGUGUGUGUGUGUGUGUGUGUGUGUGUGUGUGUGUGUGUGUGUGAGUGAGAGACAGACAGCACUGAUGUGUCAAACAAGAAUGGCUACAUACAUACCUACCUACCUGGAUGUCUUGUACUCUGUUAUUAUAAAGUACUGUAAAGGAAACUGACUGCAAUGAGUGUGUUUUAUGGCUUGUGUAAAUAAACAUCUCGUCCACUACA